AGGAAACACAGCAUUAAAUAUGGAAGGGGAGGAGAGAGAGGCUGGCCAAUGAGACUGAUUGGCCCGAGCCUAUAUGAAAGGUGAAGCAUUCCUCUUUGGGUCCCUGGAGCCUGCUGCAGCUGGUUCAGCUACUAAGGUGCCACUGUGCCAGAGUCAUUCCACUUCCAGAAAAGAGAAAGAACUGUUUUAAAAAUGCCAUAUAUUAGAAAGAAAUUUAUUGAGAUACUGGAAAAAGCGAUCGAAGAUGGUAAGAAGAUGACUCGAGAAGAAAAGCUAUUUACUUAUGAUGGUGUUGUAUACCCUACAACUCUUUGUAGCUCACAGCUCUUCAAAGCUCUAGAGUCUUUUGAAGCAAGGAGUGAUGAUGUCAUUUUAGCCGCAUAUUGCAAAACUGGUACUAACUGGGUUGGUCAGAUUGUUACAGAUUUAGUAAUAACCUCUGCAAAGAAACAUGAACCUCACAAGCUGAAUGAGGAGCUACUACUGGCAGAAUUUCCCUUUCUGGAAAUUGGAGAUCUUGAAAAGUAUAAGAGGAUGAAGACCUAUCCUUCCAGGAGAGUGAUAUUUACUCAUCUCCGUGCUGAUAAGCUUCCAAAAUCAGUCUUCAAGAACAAAGCCAAAAUCCUGCUGCUGGUUCGUAAUCCAAAAGAUGUUGCUGCAUCUUUUUUCCAUUUUUCAAACACGUUUGCUGCAUACCCACCAUAUGAAACAUUUGGACCAUUCUUUGAAGCCUUAAUGAAGGGAGAAGUGCCUUGGGGGUCCUAUAUUGACUUUCUUUGUGUGUGGAACAAGUACAUUGAUGAAGAAAAUGUCAUGCUGAUAACAUAUGAAGAACUAAAAGAGAACACAGCUUUAGGAGCUAAAAAAAUAGCUAAAUUCUUUGAACUGAACCUAAGUGAGGAAGACAUUCAGGGUGUUGCAGAAAGGAGCACAUUCAAGACUAUGAAAGACCAUUCUAAAAAAACCCAUGGAGAAUUUGGUGAUGUUCUUUUCCGUAAAGGUACCGUGAGUGACUGGAAGACACUUUUUAGUCAAGAGAACAACCAGGAAAUGGACAUGGCAUUUAAAGAGCGUUUGGCAGGAACCAAAGUGGGAGAAAUGAUCAAGUAUGAUAUUUACUGCAAGGCAUGAAGCCUCAGGAAGAGAUACUUUCUUGGAGUGAAUUGAAAAAAGAUCUCAUUUUGUCUCAAUAGGAAACAAAUAUUUGGCUACAAAAGAGACCCAGCUUUCUAGAAUAAAAUUUCAAUCAGUUCAA